GCCCGGCUCAGUCGGCGACUUUAGCUCAUCGGGUGCGCGUCUCUCUCUAUCUAAAGUGGAGCUCCAAGUGCGUUUUGGGGGUUGGAACAGAAAAAAAGAAGUCCUUUGGCCGGUUUCCAUUUCUCUGACCACUGCCCCAGUCGGUGCCCAGCGGUCUUGUGUUGUGUGUGUUUAAUUUAUUGUUACAAAUUUUCUUAAUUUUCCCAGUUACGGCGAAGGAGCAGCAUAUCCUGUCGGUAUAUUUUGUGUCUGAUCAAAGUGAAAACGCAGCAUUUUUAGUGGUAAUACUCGGGUAGUGAAGAAAAAAUAAGCUAUCGACGAAACGAAAACCGGUUAACCUUUGGAACAUAUCAGGCGUUCGACGAUCGACGACGAAAAUACAAAGCGAGGUAAAGCCUCAACUCACGGUAAGAAGUGUCCUAGUGCCGCCUGCUGGAAGGGCUGCUCCCAAAAGCCAGGAAAGACCCCGGGUGCUCAAUGUGCCUCAAGCUCGAGUGAGCCGUGUUUAAUGUUUGCUCGUGGAUCGAAAGCUACCCUCAGUGCGAAAGUGCAAGUGUUUUGCCCGUGAAACCUUUUGGACCCGCUGUCAUUGACCAUGGCAGACCAUGACUUUGCUCCGAGCUUCACCCAGAAGCCGCAGCUUCGACAGGAAGACGACGGCAACCGGUUAGUGUUCGAGUGUCAGCUCAUCGCGAAGCCGAAACCGGCCAUCGAGUGGUACCGCAGCGAGGAGCUGCUGUCACAGAAUGCCCGCACCAAGUUCAAGAUCCAGAACUUUGGCGAGAACAAGUACUUCGUGGUGCUGGAGCUGGACGACGUCAUCGAUACCGAUGCCGGCCUGUACAAAGUCAAGGCCAAGAACCGAAUGGGCGAGGUGUCGGCGUCCAUCAAUUUGAACUUUAGCCCUGUUGACGAACCGGUGGAGAAACAAAUCGACGGUCUCGCUCCGACCUUCCUGAAGAAACCAUCGAUCCAGCAGGAAAACGACGGCAAACGGUUGAUCUUCGAGUGCCAGAUUCAGGCAGAACCGAAACCACAGAUCAGGUGGUCUCACAACAGCAAAGUUAUCGACAACACCCCGCGACACAAGUUUAAAGUACAAAACGAUGGCAAAGUUUACUACGCCAAACUGGAGGUGGAUAACGUGUCGUUCGAGGACUCGGGCAAGUACAAGGUGACGGCCAAGAACGAACUGGGCGAAUCGAGUGCGACCAUCAGCUUGAACUUUGACAGUGAGGAAGUUCCGGUGCCAGCCGAUGGUUUCAAACCAGCCUUCACUGAACGACCUGUCACACGGCAAUCGGAUGAUGGCAAGAAUAUUAUAUUUGAGUGUAGAUGUAUCGGUGAUCCGAAGCCAACAUACACAUGGUGUCACGAAAAGAAUGAAAUCCAGAUGGCUGGUAGGUUUAGCAGUGAGGUCGAGGAAGAUCAGAACCAUUGCUAUCUGAUACGGUUCACGAUCAAGGACGUGAAGCAGCUGGACCGGGGCGUCUAUAGCGUGCUGGCCAAGAACAAGCACGGCGAUUCGUCAGCAGUUAUCAAUCUGAACUUCGAUUCCAGUGCUAAGCUAGUAAACCCAGAGGGCAAACCACCCCGCUUUCCCCAGAAGCCCACCAUUUCCCAGAAGGGCGAUGUCCUCUCGAUGGAGUGCAUCCUGGAGGCCCUACCGGUGGCUGACAUUAACUGGUAUCACGGCACCGACGCGAUCACCGACGGCGAACGGUUCAAGAUCUUGCGCAAAGCGAUCUCAAACGAUACGUAUCUGCUGACGUUGCAAAUCACGCAACCGACCGCCAACGACGGGGGAAUCUAUCGGUGCCACGCCUUUAAUCCGUUCGGCGAAAGCAACGCGCACAUAACGCUUAACUUUAAAGCGAACGAGAACGAUCGAGGCUUUGCCCCGUCGUUCCUGGAGAAGCCGAAGAUCAUACCGAAUAAGCUGGGCACGCUGAUUACGAUGAAGUGUAGAUGUAGAUCGAAACCGAAACCGACCGUCAAGUGGAUGCGAAAGAAACAGGAAGUCAAAUCAUCGAACAAGGUCGCCCUCGAGGUGAAAACCAUCGAAGAGGACACCUACGAGCUGACGCUGAACAUCAAAGAUCCGAGCGCCGAGGAUGGCGGCAGCUACUCGUGCGUCAUCAGCAACGAGUUCGGCGAAAGCAGCGCCACCCUGAAUCUGAACAUCGAAUCCGAACAGGAAUCGACCAAGAACGCUCCGAUCUUCGUUGAGAAGCCGCACAUUGUUUCGCUCGAUAAUGGCAAACUGGUGCGGAUGGAGUGCAAGGUCAAAACCGAUAUCAAACCAGACAUCACCUGGACUCGGGAGGGCAAACUGCUGCAGGAAACCAGCAAGCUCAAGAUGACGAUGACGACUGAGAAGGACGUCUACCAUAUCUCGCUGGUGCUGAAGGAUCCACAGACGGAAGACUCCGGCACGUACAAGUGCAACAUCAAGAAUCUUCUCGGUGAAUUAAAUGCCAAUUUAAUUCUUAACAUUGAGAUUGUUCCAGUGAUCAAAGAAAAACCAAAACUGGUAACGAACGUGAAGAAGCGAACGGCAUCGAUCGAGUGUUCGGUGGCGUCUCGCUUUAAACCGGAGUGCAUUUGGAUGAAGGAGACCACGGUGAUCAAGGAAACGCACCGUCACCUGAUCAAGAUUGAGGAGACGCGCGAGGGCGAGUUCUCGGUGCGGCUCAGCAUUUCCGAAAUGAGCGAGGCCGACUUCGGUGCCUACAAACUGGUGGCCAAGAACGACAAGGGCCAGGCCACCUCGCAGGUCAUCGAGAUCAAGGACAUCGUGUUCGAAAAGCCACCGCCGACCAAGCCGAUUAUCGACCAGAAGCUGAAGGACGUGGAAAUCGACGAGGGUGGCAACCUGGAGCUGGUCGUUGGGCUGAAGAACCCAGACAAGCACUUCAAGGUGUACUGGAUGAAGAACAAAACCGUUCUGAAGGCCAGCGAAACCGUCAUUCAGGAGUUCAAUGGAAGAACGGCAUCGUUGAAGGUCAUGAAUUGUACCGUCGAGGAUGCUGCCACCUACAAGGUGUCGAUCAGCAACGAAAUCCAGAGCGAUGAGUCCGAAUCGAAGGUGACGAUAAAGGCGAAACCGAAGAAGAAGGACGAAGAAAAGAAGAAGGUUGUCAAGAAGGUCGAGGAGAAGAAGGAGGAAAAGAAGGAAGAGAAGGUCGAAGAAAAGAAGGUCGAGCUCAAGGUGGAAAAGAAGGUCGAAGAGAAGAAGGCCGAGGUCAAGGUGGAAGAAAAGAAGCUGGAAGUCAAGGUCGAAGAGAAAAAGGCUGAGGUCAAGGUGGAAGCCAAGAAGACCGAGGUCAAGGUGGAAGAGAAGAAGGCCGAGCUCAAGGUGGAAGAGAAGAAGGUUGAAGCCAAGAAGGUCGAAGAGAAGAAGGUCGAAGAAAAGAAGGUUGAGCUGAAGAAGGUUGAGGAGAAGAAGGUCGAGGAGAAGAAGGUCGAAGAGAAGAAGGCCCUCAAGAAGACGGAAGCUAAGAAGGAAGAAAAGAUCGAGAUUAAGAUCGAAGAGGAGAAGAAGGUCGCCGGCAAGAAGGAGGACAAAAUCGAAAUCAAGAUCGAAGAAGAGAAGAAGCCCGCACAGAAAGGACUCGAGGCCCCGAGCAUCGAAAUCGUUCGUGACAAGAACGGCCGACGGGGUUCAUUCCUUGACGAUGGAAGGCGACCAAGUUUGUUGCAAACCGACGAUACAAAACUGCGACCCGGAGAAGUGCUUGACGAUCGAAAGAAACGGCGCCCAUCAAUUGAUGUGCGACGGCCGAGCAUCGCGGAUAUGGACGAAAAAAUCAACCAACCCUCGACGCCGCUGCGAGCCAUCGGAGAAGAAGGCAAAGCUGCCUGCAUCGUUGACUUCCAGGAGAGCUAUUCCGCCGUUGAAGAUCAAACCGGUUACAUUUCGGUGCAAGUCGAAGGUAAUCCGGCGCCAACGUGGAAGUUCUUCAAGGGUAUCACCGAACUCAACGAUGGUGGCCGAUACAAACAUCACACCGACGGAGAGAGCAACACCAUCACCCUUUGCAUCCGAAAGGUCAAGCCCAACGACGAGGGCAAAUACCGGGUGGUGGUGUCCAAUCCUCACGGCGAGGACAGUGCCGAUGUGCAGCUGUACGUGUCCGAUUCCAGCGGCAUGGAUUUCCGUGCUAUGUUGAAGAAACGCAAAUACGCCAAGUGGGGCAAGGAGGAGAAGGACCCAGACUGGGGCGACCUGAAGGAGGUGGAAAAACCGAAACCUCAACUCAAGAAAGUCGAAAGGAAACAAGAUACUUUCUCGAAACCACUGGUCGAUAUCACCUGCAAGGAGGGCAAAGAGAAGAAGGUCGUGUUCGAGGCCUCGUUCACCAAACCCAACGCCAAGGCCAAGUGGAUGCUGCGCAAGGACGAAAUCUUCACCGGCCAGAAGUACAAAUUCAAGGUCGAGGGCGAGAACUACCUGUGUGCGAUCUUCAAUCCCAAGGUCGAGGACAGUGGCAAGUACACCCUGGAGAUUGCCGGAAUUGCUUGUUCCGCCUAUCUGACCGUCGAGGAGGCUGACCCAGUGUACAAGUUCACCAAGCUGCUCAAGAAGACCGAGAAGGGCUUCGUACAGCACGAUACCCAUCUGGAGUGUGCCGUUGACAAUUCGCUGGCACCGAUCUCCUGGUGGAAGGGAGAGACCAAGCUGGAGAACAAUGAUAAGUAUGUCAUUGGAAAGGAUCUCCAAGGCACUGUCAACCUAAUCAUCAAGAACACCGUCAACGAAGAUGCCGACACCUACACCUGUAAAAUCGACAAACAAACGGACAAAACCGAAACCAAGCUCAAGGUUAUGGAGUACAAUUACAAGUUCACCAAGGUACUCAAGAGCCAGUCGUUGUUCGUUAAGGAUACGGUUACGUUGGCUUGUGAGCUGGAUCAUGUGCUCGGAACGGUCGAAUGGUUCAAGGGAGACACCAAGGUUGUCGAAAACGAUAAGGUCCAGAUCAUCAAGGAUGGUCGUAAGCACAAGCUUGUUCUCAAGGAUGUCGAGAAGGCUGACAGUGGAAUGUACCGAUGCGUGAGCAACGCCGACAAAACCGAAGCUGAAAUAAGUGUUAAGCGACCAAACAAGAUCAUGAAGAAGAUGAAGGACGCCGUCGGGGAUGAAACGCAACCAAUUACCCUGGAGGUGCAGUUCCAGGACGAAGAAGCCGAGUUUGCGUUCUUCCUUGGCGAUACCGAGCUGAAGAAGAGUGACCGAAUCGAUAUCGUCUCGCUUGGCGAUGGAACCCAUCAGCUGAUCUUCAAGCAGCUGGAACUGAGCGAUGCCGGCGAGAUUCGGUGCGAGUGCGGUCCUCUUACCAGCAAAUGUACGCUGAAGGUCAACAAGAAGGAGACGAAGCCCAAGUUCGAAGUUCCGCCCAAGGUGGAAGCCCCUGCCAAGGAGCCGAAGGUGGUCGAAAUUCCAUUCACAACCGGUGAGUCUCGCCAAUCCAAGGUCACCGCCAAGGUGUUCAAGGAUGGUAAACCAGUACCACUGGAAGAUGUUGAUAUAGUUGUAGAGAAGGACAAAGUCGUUCUCAAGUUUAAGAAAACCGAGUUCAAGGACUCGGGCGAGUUCAAAAUUGUAUUGGAGAAUGCUCAAGGUACUGAGGAGCAUACCACCAAUGUUGUAUUCCAGGACAAACCGCAGGCUCCGCAGGAUAUCGAGUGUACCAAUAUUUUCCAGACACGCUGCGUGGUCAAGUGGAAGGCACCCGUCAACGAUGGUGGAGCACCACUGGAGAAGUACGUGCUGGAACGACAAGAUGUAUUCAAACGAUCGGGCUGGGAUGUUCUCCAGGAAGUGCCUGGUGAUACAUUGAAAUUCGCUUGCACCGAUUUGGUUGCGGGUAGACAUUACAAAUUCCGUGUGAAAGCUGUCAACAAAAUGGGUCAAUCGGAAUACUGUAGCAUGGAAGAUGACAUCAUUGCCAAGGACCCGUGGAAUGAGCCAGAUCCCCCACGAGAUCUGAUCAUUUCAGAUUGGGACAAAGAUUUCGUUGAGCUCACAUGGAAAGUACCUGCUACCGAUGGUGGCGCACCCAUUGAGAGCUACGUUGUAGAAUAUAAACCAUAUACUGCGGCAAAUUGGAAGCCGUACGAAGAUGUUGGUCCAAAUUGCCUCACAUCCACUGUUCGAGGACUCAAGGAAGGCGAAACGUUUGAGUUCCGCGUAAAAGCCGUCAAUAAAGGUGGUGCCAGUAAGCCAAGCAACAGUACGGAGCCACUUAAAAUCAGAGACAGAUACGUCAAACCAUUCAUCGAGGGUGAAGGUAUCAAACCGAUCACGCUUAAAAAGGGGCAAACUAUUCGCUACUAUGUGCAAUACGGUGGUGAGCCCGAACCGGAGGUAGUCUGGAAGAAGGAUGACAUUCUUGUUAUCUGUGAUUCCGAAAAACGGAAAACGAUAGAUGUUGAACACAAUGCAACCACCAUUCAAGUUCGCCACGCGGUCCGAGCCGAUUCAGGCAAUUACAAACUAACACUUAAGAACAGUAGCGGUGAGUUCGUGACCGAAGCUAAAGUUCUCGUACUUGAUGUCCCAACGCAGCCAAUCGGUCCGAUCAAAAUUGAAAAGGCCCGAGCAAACCAUGUGGUCAUCAGCUGGAAGCCACCAGAAGAUAGUGGCGGCUGCCCCUUGACCGGAUACCUUCUGGAAAAGAUGGACGUAGAAAACGGAACAUGGCUGCAGGCCGGAGAAUGUGGUGCCGAUCAACUCUCUUUUGACUUCCAGCAUUUACAAAAAGGAAGGAAGUUUGAGUUCCGUGUCAAAGCGUACAACAAGGAAGGUGAAUCGACACCACUCGAAACACUGCUUGCGGUAAAAACUGUCAAUCCCUAUGAGCCGCCAGUUCCGCCAGGCAAACCAACCGUGGAUGACUACGGUGUCGACUUCGUCGAACUGAAAUGGACGCCACCGGAGAAGGACGGUGGACGACCAAUCACUCACUACAUCAUCGAAUUCAAAAACAAAUUCCUUACGGAUUGGACCGAAUGUGCCAAGACAGAGACGGCCGAUUGCGUUGGUAAGGUGCACGGCCUGAAGGAGAAG